CUCACACUCUCACUCCCUCUUCCUCCUGCCCAUCCCCCUCCCUCUCACACACAGGCACAGGAAGAAGGGGGGAGAAUGGAGUAUGAAAGGAUUCACAAGAUUCAGGCUGGUGCACUUUCUCCAACAAAACUGAGGAUGAAGCUUCUGGGGACUCACAAUCGUGUGAGGGUCAUCAGCAACAACUCAUCACGGACAUCACCUUCAAAGAACAGUGAACCGUCGCAAGCACAGAACAGAUUAUUAGUUUGUGAUGUUCUUGAAGAAGUUUCAGGUAGCUCUGAUGGCUCCAAAUGCUCUUCAGCAAUCAACAAGACCGAAGCUUUAGAGAAGGAUUCACCGUUGGAGAUCAACAAGGCUGAGAAUAUGACCAAAAGUUCAGUUCAGCAACCUGCAUCUAGCAACUCAAGCAUGAUACAUCCAGUUCGAACCAUAGAAGAAGAGAGCAACGACUGUGAUAGUGGAAUUGACAAUGCUAGUACCAGUAGCUUCGAGUUCCACGGAGGAGAGAAAACAUCGUCGCAGAAUGCAACAUCGGGAUAUUUUUCGAGACAGACUUCCUCCAAGUGGAACGAUGCUGAGAAAUGGAUUGUCAGUAAGCAAAAUGCUCAACAAAAUAUCUCCAAGGGUGCACCACAGAACCAGAGCACACAACAGAUGAAUUCUGCUGCAUCCAGGGGCUUUAUCGUGCCCCAGAUCUCAAACCGCAACGCAAUUCCUCGCCCAAUGCAGAACAUGAAGAGACCGAAUCCAGCUUCGUCUGCUUCCCGGAGCAUUUUAGAGAGGUUAUCAUUUGGUUCACAUCAGUCAAAGUUGGUCAGGCAUGCAGAUGUAUGUUCAGUUAAUAAUAAUAGUGCCACAUCAGAGUAUCAAAAAAAGGCAAUUGACAGUGGCUCAUCAACUGAAAUGAGGCCCUACGAAGAUCCCAAAGCUAUUCCUACAGUUCACUCAGUGUCUGUGAGAGAUGUUGGGACGGAAAUGACUCCCAUACCAAGUCAGGAUCCUUCAAGGACUGCAACUCCACUUGGAUCAAUGACACCAACUCGUAGCCCAAAUUGCUCUAUACCAUCGACACCGGUAGGAGGACGGUCAACGGCAUCACCAGGAGAUGAUAACACAGAUGAUGGCCCAUACUUCAGCAGAAAAGGCGGCGCAAAUGAAAUCUCGGACAACGAAACGAGAAUGAAGACACGGAAAGAAAUUGCCGCGCUGGGCAUACAACUAGGGAAGAUGAACAUUGCUACAUGGGCUAGCAAAGAGGAGCUAGAACUAGUCUCUGCAUCCCCAAGCAUUGCUGAUUUGGAGCGGAUGAAGAAAGAGUAUGCGGCUCGUGCAGCAGCAUAUGAAGAAGCAGAAAAUUUUAAACAUACAGCUAGAUUCAAGAAGGAAGAGUUGAAGAUUGAAGCAUGGGAGAGCACUCAAAAAGCAAAGAUAGAAUCUGAAAUGAAGAGGAUAGAGGAACAUGCAGAGAAAAUGCGAAGUGAGGCCGUAGCGAAGAUGGCUGAAAAGCUAGAAAUGACAAGGCGUCUAGCUGAAGAGAAACGAGUCUCGGCCAAUGCAAGGAUGAACCAACAAGCAGCAAAGGCAGUUCAGAAGGCCGAGCUGAUUCGCCAGACAGGACGAGUUCCAGGAUCAUGUAUCCUAUGCUGCAGUGGCUGCUUCUGUCAACAUUAGUGCAUGCUUGAGUGCUUGACAACUAAGCUGUCAAAUAUGGCCCUGAUAUAUCUAAAUUCCAUGUUCUAUAAUCAGCAUUCCUUGGUUUUAGUAUGGAAAGGAAUGUCUGAUACUCUGAUUAGGUAUUCAGAUGUACAAAUUCUGGCUUGUCAUAAAAAUCAUUCCAAUGCUUACUUGCUCGGUCAACUACCCAGUUAAAGAACACCUGGUUAUUGCGGCGAAUUCAAUCAUUAGAAUGAUAUGCAUUUCCUGAC